AUAGGACGAGCGCAAUCAGGAAGCUGCGUGCAAACAUUGAGCUCAGAAAGUGUUUAUUAAAUUAAUUUGAAUAGUUCAACGCUGGAGGAAGCGAUCGCAUUGCUUGAACUGUAUCUCGUGGUCAUGAUUAUAUCCUUUUCAUGGGCUGUUUAUUUUAUGUUCGUGUCUAAGGCUGGUGUAGGGAAGAAUUAUGGAAUAGACUGGUGAAGAUCUGCAGGAGAGAUUUCAGGGGUUCUGUCUUUUUAAGAUGGCGAAUCUGGCUCUAUAGGGUUAUUAAAGAUUGAAAAUGGACUUCUCCAAGUUCCUGGCAGAUGAUUUUGAUGUGAAGGAGUGGGUGAAUGGAGCUUUUAAAGUGGCACAGAAAGAUGCACCUGGAAAAGCAGAUGCACACGCUUCUACUCUGGUCAUGAAACUGCAGCUCUUUAUUCAAGAGGUCAACAACUCUAUAGAGGAGAGCAGUAAUCAGGCCCUGCAGAAUAUGCCGCGUGUACUGAGGGAUAUUGAAGCUCUAAAGCAGGAGGCGUCAUUCCUGAAGGACCAGAUGGUUUUGGUUAAAGAGGACAUCAAGAAGUUUGAACAGGACACGGUGCAGUCAAUGCAGGUGUUGGUGGAGAUCGAUCAGGUGAAGUCUCGCAUGCAGUUAGCAGCAGAAGCUUUACAGGAAGCUGAUAAGUGGAGCACACUUAGCGCUGAUAUCGAGGGGACCUUUAAAACACAGGAUGUAGCUCUGAUCAGCAGUAAACUGGCCGCUAUGCAGGGCAGUCUGGCGAUGUUAGUGGACACUCCAGACUACAGUGAGAAGUGUGUUCAGCUGGAGGCUCUGAAGAACAGACUGGAAGCUCUCGCCAGCCCACAGAUCGUCUCCACGUUCAACUCGCUGUCCAUAGAUCAAGCAAAGCUGUUUGUUAGAGUUUUCACAGAAAUGGAGAGAAUGCCACAGCUACUGGCUUAUUACUACAAAUGCCACAAGGCACAGUUAUUGACUGUAUGGGAAAGCAUCUGUCAGUCAGAUGCCGCUCUGAAGCAGCAGCUCUCUGAGUUUUUUGACACGCUUCUGUCAACAUGGCACUCACAACUACAGUGGAGCAGUCAGGUCUUUAAAAACCCGUGUGAAGUGGUCACUGUGCUGAUGAUCCAGACGCUGGGGGCAAUGGUGCCGUCUAUUCCUGACUGCAUCGCUGCAGCAUUAAAGCGUUGCUCUGGAGACUGUCGUCUGGACGUUCUUCUAGACCUCCAUCAGACGGCAGCUAACUUCAGUCGCAGUCUGGAAGCAGCGAUGCAGCCACAGCUUGAUGAGUGCAACCGCUUGAAGGUGGCAGAGCUGGUGUUGUAUGUGUAUUCACCUUAUAAGAGUUAUCAGAUGCAGUACGGAGAUCUAGAGGAGACAAACUUACUGAUCCAGCUCAGUGCUGUUCCACUAGAGCAUGGCGAGGUGCUGGACUGUGUGUUGGAGCUCACACACUCUGUGCAGAAGGUCUUUGGUUUGGCUGCCGCUGCUGUUGAUCGCUGUGUUAAAUUCACAGAUGGUCUCGGAGUGUGCGGACUCAUCAAAGCCCUCCGAGCUCUCUUCAACAAGUAUGUGUCAGAUUUUUCAGUCACUCUUCAGUCAAUCAGAAAGAAGUACAAGUUAGAGGACACGCCGACAUCUGAGAUAUUCACAGAGGAUUGGACGGCUUUCCAAAACUCUGUCAGAAUCAUCGCAACCUGUGGUGAACUGCUCAGACAAUGUGGAGCAUUUGAACAGCAGCUUUCAAACAAGAUCCUGGGGAGGGCGGGGCGUUUCCUGUGGGAGGGGUUUAACCCCAGAAGUCUGACUGGCUUACAAGAGGGUGUGACUGAGAGGCGGAGCCAAAAGAAUCCAUGGCAGGAAUACAACUACCUACAGCAGAGCAACACUGCGGAGUAUAAUAAUCUACUGGAGACUCUGCACUCCUUAAAGGAGAAGGGGACAGGAAACUCAAGCUUAUUGGCUGAGACCCGCUCAGCGCUGACACGUUUGAAUCAACAGGCCAAUCAGCUUGCGUUUGACUCCGUGUUCCUGCAAAUCAAACAGCAGCUCUUCCUUCUCAACAAAACAGAGGGCCGUGGCUCUGCUAAUUUGGGUGAAACACUAACUGAUGAUCUACCAGCCUUCAGUUUGUCACCACAGGAGUACAUCACUAAUAUUGGGCAGUAUAUUAUGUCUUUGCCGCUCCAUUUGGAGCCAUUUGUGACUCAAGAGGAUCCAGCAUUGGAACUUGCCUUACACACUGGCAAACUACCCUACCCGCCAGAACAAGGUGAUGAUGUACCAGAGCUUGAGAACACUGCAGAUUAUUGGCUGGGCUCCAUCGCCAGGGCAACCAUGCAGACUUAUUGUGAUGUCAUCCUACAGAUUCCUGAGCUGAGCUCACGUGCAACUAAACAGCUUGCAACUGAUAUCGAUUACCUGAGUAAUGUCAUGGACGCGCUGGGGCUGCAGACCUCUAAAACUCUCCAGAAUAUUGUCACACUUCUUCGUGCCAAACCUGAUGAAUACCGGCAAACCGCCAAAGCUCUCCCACGCAGGCUGUCAUCCUCCAUCGCCACCAUGAGGUGUCUGGAGUACUGACGCCGGGACGAGUGAAGAAAAGACAGGUGUAUGGAUGUUCGUUGAAGAACCUUUACCGUAUAAACACCAAAAUGUGAAACUAAACAAAUCUAAUAUUCCCCAACAAAUACAGUUAAUCUAUAAAUGUGGCUUAUGUUCUGCAUCUUUUUGUGAUUUGAAGAAUUUAGAAUGUUCGUUUUCUCUCUUAAACCCCCCGUCUCCCCCAAACCAAAUGCUUAUUUUGAUUGUUUUGUUGAAGUAAAUGACAAAGAUGGUAAGUGUACAAAAAGAAACCUUACUUGAGUUCUGCUUGUUUGAAGAGAUUUUACAUUUUAGUGGCACAGUGAAAGGUUAGAAAUGUGUUCUGUGGGGUCAGAUUUAUUUUGUUCAACAUUUUCCUUGAUGCAAAUUGAACAGAAAAGCUCUUUUGUGUCUGGUAUAAAACACUAUGGCCAUGUUCUACAUGAUAACUUCCUAAUGCUUGUCAUAUCUUUCUGACUUAAUGUUUUCAUAUCUGCUCAUUUAAGAAAAUAAAUAAUCUGAACAGUUUAAA